AUUUUUCCCACAUCUUAAACUUCGCCCAGUCCGUUUGGUCACCCCCUCCUUUCCGGAGAGGGUGUGAAGUCAAGGUUGACCGGAGAUGCGGAGCCUCCUGCCGCUAGCGGUGUAUUGCAUCAGCCUGGUUUCCCUGCUGGCUGUGGCGCUGGAGGGGGGUCCCGACAGCCCCAGGUUGGACCUCCUCAACAUCGACCAGAGAGAGGAUAAAACCUCACCGUCAGGAAGCCAGUCCAACAUUGCUAUACCCUCUUCAUCCCCUAGCCAAUUCCCUAAACGGCUGCCCGGCUUCCUCGCUUUUCCAACCCUCGCAUGGGCACGACCUAGAGAAGCCUCACAGAUAAAGGAAAAGAUGCCGAGAGUUCGUCGCAAUGCCCACUCAGGUUUGCGAGGGGGUCACCGCUACCCUCAUCAUGCCCAACUGAUGAGAGUGGGUUGUGUCCUGGGCACCUGCCAAGUGCAAAACCUCAGCCACCGGCUCUAUCAGCUCAUUGGUCAGAGUGGCAGAGAAGACUCAUCGCCCAUUAACCCUAGAAGCCCUCAUAGUUAUGGAUGAGUUAGUUGACACCUUCAAGCACCCACAAGUCUAUCUAUAGCUCCAUUUAUUUAUCUCUUAAGGUGUUACUGGUAGUCUUUGCAUUAGAGUUUGAUGUAGUAACUUAACUAAUAACUUCUGUUUAAUUAAUAUUGGUCUUAAAAGACUGAAAAUGAUGCCUCACUAUUUUUUGUGCUGAUUGAUGGAUUUGAAGAUUUAAAUUCAAGAUCAUAACUGACUGAAUCCUUUUUGAAAUUCCUUAUUUAAGUUCUCCUCUCAUCCUGAGAGCACAUGCCUUUUGAAGGAAGCUGAAAUCUUCUGAUCAUUCAGUAAAGCCAAAGCACCUUGGUUUGAUGUUUUAAUCCUGUUAUAGAAGACUGAAGGCCAUCCAAUGGACUGAUCCUGUCUGCCAACUGACCUCCUGUGGAUCCUUGAUCAACACUUAAGCCCCUAAUGUGGAUUUCAACCUGCACUCAGAGCCAGAGCUCUGUCAAAACCAGUGUAUUCCCAGAGACUUUGUAAAUGACCCACUAAACCCUUUUACGUCUUUUAAUGCUCCCUUUUUUGUCAACUUUGAAACUCCCAGGUCAUUUCACAACUGCAUAUGCAAUUUCAGUAUGAACAAUGAUAGCCCUGGAAGAGUCCAUGAACUUUCAAUUUGUCACUCAGCAGGACUUUCUGGACCACAGCUUACAUUUAACUUGGGUUACACUCAAGUUCAAGAAAAUUGUGAGUCUGGGUUUGGAAGGAAUGUGAGUGCCCAACGCAUCAGUUUGUGUAGGUGGCAAAAGGAACCUUCAAGAGACUAACCAGUGCUGCGUUGCACCGCUGCUGGCAUUUUCCUCACCAGAGGCCAUGUUGGAAAUAUUAGCGUUUCCCCCUGCAAGUUGUCCUGGGUUGACACCAGGAUCACUUCUGUCAUACAUGUACCGUCACAGCAGGGGAGGGGGGGCUCUGAGCCUCCUGUGGUCUUGCUCCCAUGGUUGAAUGUUCUAAUUGUCAUUUUCCAGGUGCUGUAAUCAACACAAACAAAAUUCCAGCCACCUCCAUUUUUUGGGGUGGAUGUAGACAUCUAAAAUACAAAUAUUUCAAAACUUGGUCAAGUAAAUCUAAAACUUUGCAAAAGAAAAUAUUUUUGCAUUUGUAAUUUAAGUGAACCAGACUUUUAGGUAGUUAUAUGCCAAAAACAAGAAAUUCAAAAAAGACACUGGGAUGAUUUGUUAUAGCAAGGGACUAAUUAAGCAAAGUAAACUUAGGGAGUUUUUGGAAAACGGCUUCUGAAACUGAGAAACACUCAAGAAUAUCUCAUAUUGUUCUUACAAAUUCAAUACAGUUUUCUUCUUAUGACCUGGUGUUCAAAUUAAGGUAAACACAUGAGAUGUUUUGGGGCAUCACUGUAAGCAUUUUCACCUAAUUGGAGGUCAUAAUGGCAGUUCAGCAUUAGCCCAGUCUUCUAAUAGAACACACAUGCCUGUGUAUAUUGUGCUUUGCAGUAAUUUUUAAUUAGAAUAUGUAAGAAAAAGUCAACUCCCCUUUACUGUUACAUUGCAGGCUUCUAAUGAGAGACCACAGUGAACACAACAUUCAGUGUGAGAGAGCCCAAUUUCAAAUUUGCACACAGAAUAGUUGCAUCAAAAAUGCAUGGCCUGACAUUUCCUUCUCUAUUUAUAUGUGCCUUUGAAAUGAUAGGUGGAUGAUGGACUGAAGUCAGGCUAAUGCAAACAUUUGGCAGGCCUUAAACAUUCUAAAAACUGCAACCAAAUGUACAGAAGCCUGUAUUUUUGUCAACAUUUACAUACCUCUAAACUUGUAUUUGAAGACAUAGGUGUGUUCUCAACUUGAAAGAGUGAUUGAAUGUGUCAUAGUAGGAAUAUAGACCAGAUUGUGUGCCUACUUUCUGAUUUGUGUACACAGACACUUUGAUAAUUUCUUGUUCAGUCUGUUAUUUCACCUAUAAUUUCACAAACAAAAGUUUAUUAUUCCUAAGUGCAUUAAACUCGCCAAAUACCUGGUAAUACUUGACAAAAUGAAUGAAUUUAUAGUAUGUGAUCUACAUCAUACAACAAUGUGUUCUUUUAUAUAGAAUUAUAUGUGUUUCCUGUCUUUUGCCCAGUUCCUUUUUCAUCGUCAGUUUCUUCUUACAUGUAGUCUCUCAGCCCCAUCUUGUCUCUCUUUUCCAAUUCUGUCUAUGACAAUAGGGGCCUGGGGGUCACAGGGUAAUAAUUAGCGGUUCCUUAGUCUUAAAUUUAAGCUGUUCAAAGGCUUGCUGUGGUGCAACGUGCCAUUCUUUCUGCAGUGCUGGAGCUAAUCAAUAUCUCACGACAGAUAAUUAAAAGGCUUUUCAAAUGCAGAAAAACCCUGGUGGAUCUUUCUACUUUUAAAAGUGUACUAUUUCAUAUAUGCAUUGUGUGUUUGAGCUGCUCUGGACCAUUGUACUCUCAAAAUGUUUUGUGACAUCAGGCGCUGCAUCAUGUCAAGUUGUGUGAGUAAACUGCAUGGCAGCUCAUACCUCCCCAUAGAAACAUCUAGAGCUUUUACUGGCUCUGUUGCAAAGUCACACAGGACUGGGUGCAGAGUUAGCAUGCAAAAAUGUUUCUCUUAGUUUUGUAACUAGACCUCAUGAUGUUUGUUUUUAUUUUUGAAAGUCACAUGAUCUCCUUUAGGGUCACAGGAAAGCACUUUAAUGCAAGCACGUGUAGCGACAGUUUCUCUUAACUUGAAUUUCACUUAUUGUAAUGAACUUGUGAAAGUUGGAUGAGGUUUCUCUCUUAAAUGCUGCCUCUGAGAUUGUCUGCAAAUGUGUUUGAAAAUGUCAGUGCAGUCCAUGUGACGUCAGGAUGACUGUGAAUGUCGUGCGCAUCUAUAAAAUAUAUUCAGGCAAACUAUUUAAGGAAAGUUAUGUAUUUAAGUUAUCUUUGUAAAUUAAUAUUUAUGUGUCACCAAAGACGAUCUCAUCUUUUUUGUCUGCUUCCUAAACAUGACUUUAUGGUAGAAAAAGAGGUUUUAGCUGUAGUUAAAAUGUUACUGUUGACAGUGUCUUUCACUUUGUAAAAUAAAGAAGUA